AUGUAUCUAGUAAAAAUAUAUACAAAUGAAUUAUCUAAGAAGAAUUUUACAAUGGAUAAUAAAUACGAAAUAUUAAGAAGCAUAUGGUUAAAAUUUAUUGAAACUCCUCAGGAAUAUGUAGAGGAAAGACAGAAACUGCUGGAUGAAUUUUUAAUGAGAUUUAUACAUCUGAGAGUUACUGAAAAAGAAUCUAAUUAUGAAGAUUUUGGAGAUUGGUCUAUGGUUGGAAGUCUUAUUGUUCAUCAUUUUAUGUCAGAUAUUCAUCAAAUAUGCCAAAGUAUUCAAAAAUCAAGUGAAUAUAACAUGAAAACAGAUAUUUCAGAUGAUGAUACAGAGAUAAUUGACAAACUACAUGAAUAUUUAUUAAAAGGAAGAGGUUGGAAGUUGUUGUUUCUGUUAAGUAAUAUUGGAAUGCAGGGUGUAACAUGUACAAAAGAGUUAAUAAAUUUAGUUAUAUCAUUAUUUCCUGUCUGUCUUCAGAUUCAAGCAUAUUCCUUGAAUUCAAAUGAUUUGAAAGAUGAAGAAAAGAAAAUUGUUGACUUGAUGAUAAUAUCACUGUUGGAAAUAAUUAUGACUGUUUUAUUAUGGAUUUUGAAAUUAACUGAAAUUCCAAUAAAUAAUGAGAAUUUAAUAACAGUUAUUCAAGAGAUAAGUGUAUUUUCUGAUGAUGAAAAUUCAUCCUUAAUUUCAGAUUUGAUAUCUUGUAUUGAAUUACGGAAAAAUGAAAUCGUAUGUAAUAUUACAAAUAAACCUCUUCUUUAUUCUUCUUGUAUUGAAGAUUUAGAUCAUCAUGUUGAUAUUCUAGAAUUGCAACCUGUUCACAAAGUAAUUAAUAAAACACCUCCAUGCUGUGUAUCUAUCAUGUGUAAUUUAUUAUUAAAUAUACGUACAAGUUCAAAAUCUGAUGAAAUCAAUUUAAAAGCAAUAGAAGCUUUGCAGAAAUGUGGAUUAUGUUGCUGUAUGAAUUUUAACUCUAUUUUAAAUUCAUUAUUAAAGAUGCUUCCUGAUAGUUCACAAAUAAUUCAAGUAGGAAUCAUAAGAUUAAUAGAGAAAACUAUAUUAAAACAGUUUGAUUUGAAAGAUGAAGAAAAGAAAAUUGUUGACUUGAUGAUAAUAUCACUGUUGGAAAUAAUUAUGACUGUUUUAUUAUGGAUUUUGAAAUUAACUGAAAUUCCAAUAAAUAAUGAGAAUUUAAUAACAGUUAUUCAAGAGAUAAGUGUAUUUUCUGAUGAUGAAAAUUCAUCCUUAAUUUCAGAUUUGAUAUCUUGUAUUGAAUUACGGAAAAAUGAAAUCGUAUGUAAUAUUACAAAUAAACCUCUUCUUUAUUCUUCUUGUAUUGAAGAUUUAGAUCAUCAUGUUGAUAUUCUAGAAUUGCAACCUGUUCACAAAGUAAUUAAUAAAACACCUCCAUGCUGUGUAUCUAUCAUGUGUAAUUUAUUAUUAAAUAUACGUACAAGUUCAAAAUCUGAUGAAAUCAAUUUAAAAGCAAUAGAAGCUUUGCAGAAAUGUGGAUUAUGUUGCUGUAUGAAUUUUAACUCUAUUUUAAAUUCAUUAUUAAAGAUGCUUCCUGAUAGUUCACAAAUAAUUCAAUUUCUUCAUUAUGAACAAGAAUAUCAUUUACCUUCAGAAUCAAGUGAAGAAAUUGAUAUUGCAGAUGAAGGAUAUGAUGCUGAUAUUGAAAUAGAAGAAAAUUUAUCUAUGAAUGUCUCUUCCUUUAUAUUUCAGGGUAUAUUAAAAAUUAUUUUUAAUAAUCUUGAAAGUAUUUUAGUUUCAUCAUUACCAGAAUGUAGAGAACUUCAAGGAUACAUAAUGGAAUUGUUUUUUCUUGUUGGUCAAUAUUCAAUAACAGAAGAAGAACUGCAGUUAUUUUUCAACUUCUUCAAAGUUUCACUUGCUCCAGUGGAUACACUUUUAAAUGGAUUAAAUAGGUUGAUCAAAUCUCUGCCUAAAGCACCAUCUGAAUAUAUAAUCUUUCCAACAAAGAAUAUUUCUAAUGUGUCAGAAAAUUAUGACGAUGAUAGCUUCAAUUUACUUCAAGUGGAGGAUCAUCAUCCAUUAAAAAUAAGGCUUUCUUUACUUGAUAAUUCAGAAACUGAACUGUGCUCAUGGAAAUGUGCUACAGCUUUAUUUCCUUUAUGUGAUGAUUCAAUAUGGCAUCCAUUUGAAAAUGGAUUCUCAGUAACUUUAUGGUUAUCAAUUGGUUCUCCUUUAGUUUCAAAAGAUUACAGUCAUGAAGUCUCAGAACAUUGGAAAGAUAAAGGUUCAUUUAUUUCAAUGUUAUCAUCUGAAGAAACGGAUUGUCAAAUGAAGAGAGUUGGCACCUUGCAUGUACUUUCAAUUGGAACUGAAUUAAUGUUUGAAACUUGGAUUGAUCCUCAGUGUGGAAGCUUAAUUUUCAGAAUUACAAAAUGUGCAUCAGAUGGGAGUUAUUAUUGUUUAGCUGAAACCUCUUGUCAUAAACUUAUUGAACCACAUAAAUGGCAACAUAUUACAAUUAACUAUAAACAAAUUAAAAAAGAAGAAACCAUAGCAGAUAUUAUAGUUAUUGUUGAUGGUUACAAAGUAUCAAAAUUUUUCCUUCAUUAUUCUAAUCAAUCUGAGAAGUUUCAACAUUCAUAUGUACUCUUUGGACACAACGGAAAGAAAUUUUACAGCAGUAGCUACUAUAUUGGUAAUUUAAUGUUCUUUCAAGAUAAUGUAUUGACUAGAGAGCACAGCUACUAUUUAAGUCAACUUGGUCCAGAUAUCAGAAAUAUAACAGACUGCCAUCUUGAAAGUCAGCUUAAAUUUUUUCCUCAGUCCUUAGUACCUUUAAUGCUAGAAUCGGAUAUUUCUGUUGAAGCACUUACCUGCAUGAAAAUUCCAUCUUUAGUUAUUUUACAGGAGAAACUAUUAGCAACAUAUAGUCCAAAGAAACCAAACAUUUUAAGUACAUAUCCAAACAUCUUUAAUACUGUUGUUUCCUUGCUUGCAUCAUUUACUGGUAUUUCGCCACCUUUUAAGGUUGGCACAGAUGAUCAGAGACCAUCUCAACAACAACCUGUCGACAAAGUUAUAAAAUUUAAUAUAAAAAAUGUACACACAAUGAAAAGUCUCUUGCAUUCAAUUGAAACAAUGGGUGGAAUUAAAUCAAUAUUAUUUCUUUUUGGAAGAGUUGUAGAAUGUAGUUCUGAAGAAAAGUCUCAUGCUGAUGCACUGGAAUUGUUAUUUUAUUUGUUACAAAAAGAUGCAAAAAUUUAUACAACUUUUCAAGAAAUAAAUGGAAUGCUGUUAGUAAAACAGGUUUUGGAGAGUGAAAAAUGCAUUACAUCAUAUUUAAUGUUACAGGUAUUUUUAAAUGCGUGCAUAAGUGGAACAAUUUUACAAAUAGAUUCUUCUAAUGGAGCAGCAUUUGUUGACAGCAAUUCAAAAUCUGUUAUAAUUAAUCCUCUGAUGUUUAAGGAAAUGAUAAUAUGUUGGAAAAUCUGGGAAAAAAUAGACACUGAAGUUUUAAAAACACUUUUCUCUAUACUUCAAACAUUAGUCAGAGACAAACAUUCAUAUCAGAAAUAUAAUAUAUCACAAAUGCUUUCAGUUUCAACAGAGGAUGUUCUCUUUAGCAUUCUUGAAGAUAAAUUUAGCAGCAAUGAAAAUGUCCUUUUGUCAAAAGAAAUAGCAGUUGCUAUACCAUGGCUUAUUCAAAAGUUUUUCAACACUUUUAAGUUGUCUUUACUUAAAAAAAUAUUUAAUUGUUUACUGUUAUUACAUCAAGCUUCAUCUACAUAUAUUUGUCAUGCUCCUAGUUCAUUUUAUUUCUUAUUUACACAAAAUGAGAGGGGUUUGAUAAAGUCACUAGAGAAUACAAGUGAUGACAGUUCUUAUGAAGAAAUUAAUGAAGGUAUUGAAAGAAUAGAUCUUCAGAAACCACUAGAUGAAGCCAGUAACUCAAGUCAAGAUAAUUUACUUCAAUCAAAAUCUAAUUUAAGUAAAGAGAAUAAAGAUUCUGAUUAUUUGAGAAUAAAUUAUGAAAUUCUUUAUCUGGGAAAUGAAAUGCCAGAUAAUAUUAGCAGUGAAAGUUUUCCAAAUGAAUGUGACUUAGAUAAAAAUCAUUCUAAUUUGACUAAAGACGACACAGUAAGUGAAGCUGACAAAAUUGUCACAAGGGAACAAUUGCAAAACAAAAAUCAUAAUGUGGACAACAUAAACUGUGAAAGUGUGCCUGAAGUGGAAGAUGAAAUUGUAUUGGAUAAUAGCAUGCUUUCUCCUCAUUCUUAUAAAUUUUUUUUAAGUGAAGAAGAAUGGGAAAUUAUAUCUCUCUAUAGCAAUGAUUCCAAAGACCAAGGAUUUGCUAAUAUUUUCAUAGGAGAUGAAAAUACUGAAAGUGAGGAAGAGAGUUAUUCUCAACCAACUUUAAGAGAUGAUGUAAUUUUCAAUUUUUAA